GGCACACAAGAGAAGAAUUGCCAGUCUAGGAAGGUCCCAUCUGCAUUAAGAUGACCAGGGGGAAUUUCUGCAGCGUUCUGGUGACUGGAGCCAAUCGAGGUAUCGGUUUUGAACUGGUGAAGCAGCUCCUAGGACUGCCAAAACCCCCACAAUGGAUUUUUGCCACGUGCCGGGAUCCUCGGGAUGCAAGAGCGCAGGAGCUGAAAACACUGGCUUCCAAACAUCCCAACUUAGUGAUAUUACAACUUGAGGCCACCGACGAAGUGACCAUCAAGGCUGCUGCAAAGGAAGCCGAGGCCCACUUGGCUGGAAAGGGAAUCAACCUCUUGAUCAACAAUGCCGGCGUCAUGCCUCCGAGCACCCUGGAGUCAGUGACCCAGGAAGACAUGCUGAGUGUGUACAGAAUCAACGUAGUUGGGCCGAUGCUGGUAACCAAGGCAUUCUUGCCCUUGUUGAAAGCAGCUGCCAAGCAGAGCAAGGAGAAGGGAUGGUGCUGCAGCAAGGCAGCUGUUAUAAACACUUCCACAAUUGGCAGCUCCAUCGGGAACCCACCCAGCAUGAAUACCUUCCCCGUGAUCUCUUACCGCUGCGCUAAGACUGCGCUGAAUAUGCUUACACGGUGCCAGGCGCUAGAAUACAAGGAAGAUGGAAUCCUGUGUGCUGCAAUCCACCCAGGCUGGGUGAAAACUGAUAUGGGAACAGAAAAGGCAGAGCUGGAGGUGGAAGAAAGCGUUCGUGGAAUCCUCAACGUGCUCUCCAACCUCUCCGAAGAACAAAGUGGGAGAGUGGUGGAUUGGCAGGGGAAGCUGAUGGCAUGGUAAAAGGAAGCCACGUGGAAGCACAAUAUGGAACCCACUGGUAGAUGGGACCAAUUCAGAAAAAACUGCUCGAAAGAACAAUUGGGUCUCCUUUUCGCCCACAGCAUAUUUUAACAAUCAGACAAAAAAAAAACCCAUUUGUGCACAGCAAUCCCAUGACCCCCAGCUAAGUCACUGCGGGCACACCUAGCCCGAAUCUUCCUGGUCCCAGCAGGGACUUUUUUGCAUCUCGACGUGGCCCUUACACACUUUGCAGCCUACACAGAUCUUCCAUCAGUCAGCUGUAUGUAUAGGCAGGGCUGGAGGAGGUAGCGGGGGAACAGCACGGCCUGAAACACCCUGCUUGGCACAGCUGUAAUGGCAGGAAGCACAAGAGCAACGUUUCCAGUCCUUGGAACAAAAGUUCCCUCCAAUUUCUUCACAGGCCAACAAUAAGUGAGUCAUCUUUUAAUAGGAAUUCCCCACAGAAUGAUCUCUUUCGCAUGGGGAAGUUUACAUCGGGCUUAUUCAGCCCAUGAGGAUUGGAUCAGCUUCAUACAUCAGUUCUGGCCCCAUACUGCUUUGAUUCUUUAAUCCCGCACUUUGUCGAACCAAAGUGGUGUCUAUUUUCUAUUUCUGCACUAGAAAAAUGCCCCGUUUCUGCUGCAGGCUUUGAGAACUCUUCAGUUUCCACAGCCCUUCCCCUGAGGAAACUUACAAGGGCGCUGGGGAUCUUUUUUUAAUUUUAAAAAGAAAAAUUAAAAACGCUAAAAAAGAAUUGACUAAAAAGCACAGGAAAAACAGGUGAAAAUUUAAAAAUACCAAGUGGAAUUCAGGGCUGUCUGGAGAGUUUUUGUGUUAGCUGUAUUGCAGCACCCACCGCCCCCCAGUUGCAAGAGUUUUUUUUCUUUAAAAGCACCAACAUUACAAUGUUGCUAUUCAACUUUUUAAAAGAUUAGGAAAAAAAACUUAAUUGGUUGCUGUUCAAUCAGUCAAGACUCAGGGGAAUAAAGGGGAGGGCAAAUGACAGGGCCAGGCCUCACACCAAAGGAACCAUUCUGCACUUCACAAAAGCCCCAGUUUGACUUUGCUAGGAAAAAAACAUCAGGUACAUGCACAGGAAGAAAAGCUGCAGAAAAGCUGGGUAAAUAUCAGUUCUGCAGCAGAUCCAGCCUUUCUCUGCGUGGAAUGCAAAAAAGUCUGGGAAACAGUUUGGAAACUGAAUCAGGGAAUUUUGACCAUGCAUGCAGAAGUCUGGAGAGAAAUCGAUGCAGUAUGGUGCCAGAACUAAUGAAAAAGACCUGUGUGGAAAAGAUCAGUAUCUGGGAAUCUUAGACAACACGUCCCCUGUAAAAAUCAGAUUGCAAGAUGACUUUCACAGUCCUCAAUGAACCACAGAAAUAUGAAAGCCCAGCUUGUUACGAAUCAGAAACUAUUUCAC